AAUGCAAUAAGAUACCAAUAGCGCUAUGGAAAUGACUGAUGGAUAAUUGCAAUUAUAGCCUGUCUAAAUUGAAACUAAAUAAGGUAGUGCUCAAAAGCUUAUAAUUAGUUGUAUACACAUAAUCCAUGAUUACAACAUAGUCUCAACCAUAAUAUCCUCCUCCUCCUCCUCCACCGUCUAAUCCUCAAAUAAAUAUCGUUGUUUAGAACGCUCCUUGUAAAUUUGAUUAUAAUAAAUUAUAGAUUAACCCCCCCCUCCUCCUUAGGAGAUAAUAGUAGUAGGGAAUACUGCAGUACUUUGCACUCAAACAAGAUUUCCAAUUUUGAUGACCUGUCCAUAUUGUUCAAAGUUGGGAACAACAAGAAUCAACUUCCAACCAGGAGCAGGAACAUGGAUUUGUUGUUUCAUUUUGCUUCUACUUGUCUGGAUAUGCUGCUGGAUUCCUUUUGUGUCUGAUAAUUGUCAAGAUGCGAAUCAUAUGUGUCCAAACUGUGGGUAACUUGUUGGAACAUGUAUUUACAAAGUGUGCGAAUGAAUAUGAUUUAUAUGUUAUUUGUAUUUGUUUUUAUCCAUGCG